CUGGGAUGGCGGAUGUGGCUGAAUUUUCGGACUUAAAUACCGGAUGCAGGUGCUGGUGAUAUCAUUGGGAGACCUCCUCAUCGACUGCGAGCAAUUCAAUUUACCCUGGCUUCAAUAUACUAUAUCUAAUCACUUCCUUCGCUCGGUCGGAACCAUGCGACUUUAAAAUUACUUGAUCCAAGCUAACACUAGUCACCUCCACUCACUUCCACUUCCGAACCAUCUCCGCCCUACUACAUAGCUCCACUCAACAUGCACAUGCAAGCAGCAAUCACCUGGCCCCCCAACUUCCAACCAGGCAAAACCGACAAAUUCGUCUCGAACGAGAUCUACAUCCGCGACACGACCCUCGCACGCAUCUGGGUGUACCUCUCGACCAUCACAAAACGGGAAACCUACUACGACAAUUUCUCAACCUUCGGGUUCCCGCCGCUGCAGGCAGAGGUGUGCGAGUCCGUCCCGCCGACGGAUACCGUGCCCGGCCGGCUCGCGUGGCGCGCCUGGCAGGACGGCGAUGAUGACUCCGCGUCCAAGAUCUACCAUGCUUGGAUCGUGGAGAAGGUGCCGUGGGGAAGGGGUGUUGUCCGCGUGCUGACGCAGGAGUCGCAGAUUGGUAAGCCUGCUGCGCUGUUGGCGGGUCAGAAGCCGAAUCCCAUGUUGAAUGGGUAUCAGGCGUGGUUGGGAUACUAUCGCUCAUGUAAUUGCAUCUUGCGUCCUGAUGAAAGCUCGAUCUAA